GCUGUCUUUCACUCUCUCUAUAAUACCUACCUUCACCUGUUUUGCAGUUAGCACUAGGCGGGUACUACUACCCAAACUCACACAAAAAAACUCAAAUUUUAAAACCCCACAAACUAUUAAAAAAAAAAAAAAAAAAAAAGGAUGGAAAACGACACACCGGAAAUUCAAGAAGUUACCAUCGCCGUUAACGGUUGUUAUGGGGGUGAUGAAGAGGAAGUGUUAAUGUUAGAAGAUGGAAGUGACCAAAAUAGAAAGAAAACAACAACAACAACAUUAGAACGUGUUAAAGGACCAUGGUCACCUGAAGAAGAUUCUAUACUUAGUCGUUUAGUUAGUAAUUUUGGUGCUAGGAAUUGGAGUUUGAUUGCAAGAGGAAUUCCAGGCAGAUCAGGGAAAUCUUGUAGGUUGAGAUGGUGUAAUCAGCUUGAUCCUUCUGUUAAAAGGAAACCCUUUACUGAUGAAGAAGAUCGGAUUAUCCUUCAGGCCCAUUCUAUUCAUGGGAACAAAUGGGCGUCAAUUGCAAGGCUUUUGCCAGGUAGAACAGAUAAUGCCAUUAAAAAUCAUUGGAAUUCAACUUUGAGGCGCCGUUGUGCUGAACUUGGUAAGUUAAGAAGUGACUCGAGCAAUGUCCUGGAGGAUGUUAGUGCUGAAAAAUCAAAAGCAUCAUCUGAGGAAACCCAAUCAUGCGGAGAUGUGAAUUCUUUGAAAGCUAUUGAAGGAAAAGAUAUUAGCUCUCAGGAAAACCAAGAAGAUAAUCAUUAUGAGGAUAAGAGUCAAGGAGAAGUUCAACGGAGUGAUGCAGCAGCAAAUGAUCCUUGUACUCUCUUCCGUCCUGUGGCUCGUAUAAGUGCUUUUAGCGUAUAUGGUUCUUUGAAUGCCCCAGAAGCUCAACUGCAAACUCCAAGGCUAACUCCUAUCCAAGCACCGGAUCUUGGGAUAAGCAAAUUGCUUGAAGGAGCUUUCACUGACAGAUUAGUGCCUCACCAAUGCGCCCAUGGCUGUUGUGGCAAUGCCAAUCAAGAAAGUAAUGGAAGUUCACUAUUGGGGCCUGAGUUUGUUGACUAUGCUGAGCCUCCAUCGUUUUCAAGCCAUGAGUUGGCCACAUUAGCCACAGAGAUAAGUAACGUUGCUUGGUGUAAAAGUGGGUUGGAAAACAGCAGCAUCGAGGUUAUCUUCAAUCCAACAACCAGGGCAACGUGUGGUACCUCUCACUUGCCAAGCAGACCGUUCUAAUCUUUCAAAUGAUUAACAAUGUCUAUAUAUAUAACAUGGAAUUGAUAAUGGAUGCGGCGUCAACCUCAACCAAUAGGCGAUAGCUACUUUAUAUAAAAGAUUUUGAGGCUGAGUUGAUUUAAUGAACUUAUUUUGGUAUGCGGAGUAUAGGAUAAUGAAAGCUGGGUACCUGAUUAGGUUAGUGUCAAUGGUCAAAACUUUAUUCUGGUUGAAAAGAGUGUAAAUGCAUUAUUUUCCCAGGCCUUCACUUAUGGGGAGGUAUUUUAGAAAUUUUCUUAACUUAGAUGAGUCCAAUUUCUUGAAUAUGGUGUGAUCCGAAGCUUAAUAUGUUGUAAUUUCAACAAUGAUGAUGGAUUUUUUUAUUCAAA